GGGCAGGCGCCUGAAUGAGUGACUUGCAAAUACACGACGCCAUCUGAGUGAAAUAUUGACGUUAGUGAUUAUGAAAAAGAACUCAUUGAAUGAUGUUAAAUUCUGAAGACCAUAGAGUGCAAUUGGAUAACUUAUUUUUUAAGCAACCUUCUUUUCAGGAUGGUUUGUUUAGAACCUCACAAGCAGGAUUGACCUCUGAAUUUCCGGAUUACAACAGUACCUCUUUACAUUUAACAGCAACACCCAUUUGUUCCAGUUCAAAUGUCAUAUUUCCAAAUUUGAUAGCAAACAGUUUUGUGAAAGCUGUGGAUAAAAGUCAAAGCCCCUUGUAUGGCCCAGGACUUGAACUUUUCAAUACAUCUGAAUCUGUAAGUAAAAGGCAUGGAAAGUUUGCAAAAACAGCACAUAUUCAUCCUUUGACACAGAAAACACAUACUGGACAAGAUUUGACUGACAAAAUCUCUCAAAGUUUUAGACCAGUUUCUGAAAUCCCUUCACAGUUCACACAUAUUUUUAAGGAAUUUCCAUAUUUCAAUUCUAUUCAGUCUAAAUCUUUGGAUGAUCUUCUGUACACCAACAGAAAUGUUAUUGUUUGUGCACCAACUGGUUCUGGAAAAACUGUACUUUUUGAAAUAGCAAUUAUUCGCUUACUAAUGGAAUCAGCUGCAUGGAGUAAUAUAAAAGUUGUUUACAUGGCACCAAUUAAAGCUCUAUGCAGUCAGCGCUAUGAUGACUGGAAACAAAAAUUUGGGCCUUUAGGGUUGAAUUGCAAAGAACUGACAGGAGAUACAGAAAUGGAUGACUUCUUUGAGAUUCAAGAUGCACAGCUUAUCAUGACUACACCAGAAAAAUGGGACAGCAUGACAAGAAAAUGGAGGGAUAAUUGCUUGGUCCAGUUGGUUAGACUUAUCCUUGUAGAUGAGGUCCAUGUUAUAAAAGAUUCAGCACGAGGAGCAACUCUGGAAGUAGUUGUCAGCAGAAUGAAAACCAUGCAUUUAUAUUUUUCACGUGGGCCAGAGAAGUCCUGCUCAGAUUUCCUUCUAAGAUUUGUUGCAGUUUCUGCAACAAUUCCAAAUAUAAAAGAUAUCGCUGCAUGGCUGUCAAAUGAAGAAGAGCCCGCUGUCUGUUUGAAAAUGGAUGAAAGUCAUAGACCAGUAAAACUUCGAAAAGUAGUUCUUGGAUUUCCAUGCAUCAAUAAUCAGACUGAGUUUAAGUUUGACUUAUCUCUCAAUUACAAAUUGUCAAAUAUUAUUCAGACAUAUUCUGAUCAAAAGCCAACGCUUGUGUUUUGUGCUACACGAAAGGGUGUUCAGCAGGGUGCAUCUGUACUUGCAAAAGAUGCCCGGUUCAUUUUGGACACUGAGCAUAAACAAAGGUUGCAGCAGCAUGCAAAGUCUAUUCAGGAUUCCAAACUAAAAGAUCUCAUAAUACAUGGGAUUGGAUUUCAUCAUGCAGGAGUGGACAUUUCUGACAGAAAAAUUAUUGAAAGUGUUUUUACUUCUGGGGAUUUGCCAGUAUUAUUUACAACGUCAACUUUAGCAAUAGGUGUUAAUUUACCUGCACAUUUGGUUAUUAUAAAAUCAACAAUGCAUUAUGCUGGUGGAAUGUUUCAAGAAUAUAGUGAAACUGAUAUACUACAGAUGAUUGGAAGAGCUGGCAGACCACAGUUUGAUACCUCAGCUACUGCAGUAAUAAUGACAAAGUUGCAGACAAAAGAAAAAUAUAUGCAACUUAUAAGUGGAACUGACACAAUAGAAAGCAGUUUGCACAAACACCUUGUUGAACAUUUAAAUGCAGAGAUCGCACUACAUACAAUAUCUGAUAUUAAUGUUGCUCUUGACUGGAUACGUUCUACUUUUCUAUAUAUAAGAAUCUUCCAAAACCCAACUCAUUAUGGUUUUCCUCUAGGACUGGAUAAAGAAGGAAUUGAAUCCAAGUUGCAAGAACUCUGUGUAACAAAUCUGAAUGCCCUCUCUUCAAUUGGUAUGAUUUCAAUGGAUGAAGAUUUCAGCUUUAAGCCAACAGAGACUGGAAAACUCAUGGCACGUUAUUGCAUUGCUUAUGAUACAAUGAAGCAAUUCAGUUCUUUUUCUGGGACAGAAACAAUGACUGAUCUGCUUACUGUUAUAUCCAGCGCAAAAGAAUAUUCAGAUAUACAAUUAAGAGUUAAUGAGAAGAGAAUUCUUAAUGCACUAAACAAAAACAAAAACAAGACAACUAUAAGGUUCCCAAUUGAUGGAAAGAUAAAAAGCAGUGAAAUGAAGGUAAAUUGUUUAAUUCAGGCACAGCUUGGUUGCAUUCAAAUUCAAGAUUUUGGUUUAACACAAGAUACAGGAAAAAUUUUCAGAAAUGGAAUCAGAUUAACAAAAUGUUUAUCAGAGUUUCUUGCUCAAGAUACAAAAACCAACUUCAAUGCACUUCAAAACUCAUUGAUUCUGGCAAAAUGUUUUAGAGCAAAACUUUGGGAAGAAUCUCCUUUUAUUUCAAAGCAGCUUGAUAAAAUUGGUGUGACAUUAUCUACUGCAAUGGUAAAUGCUGGUUUGACCACAUUCCAAAAGAUUGAAGAAAUACAUGCUAGGGAACUGGAGCUGGUCUUAAACAGGCACCCGCCUUUUGGCAAUCAGAUAAAAGAAGCUGUACGACAUCUUCCAAAAUAUGAAGUUAGUCUAGAACAGAUGGCAAGAUACAAUGCUUUAGCUGCGGAAAUUGUAAUUACUGUUAACUUGAUAAACCAUGAACAGUUGAAGUUGAAAAGGACAGCUCCAGAUAGUCAUUAUGUAACUAUUCUAAUAGGAGAUACUGAUAAUCGAGUGAUCUUCAAACAAAAACUCUCAGAUUUUAUGUUGCUGAAAUCUGGAAGUUGGUCAAAGAAAAUUGAGGUCACCAAAGCAGUAGAAGGAGAAGAAUUAAGUGUGAACCUAAUAAGCUCAGAGUAUGUUGGAAUAGACAUUCAGCAGAAAUUUGGCGUGUAUUAUUGUGUACCUAAGAGAUAUGGAAUUCAUAGAAAUAUGGUGAAGAAUGAAAUACUGGAGAAUCCACAGUGUUCAACUGAGGAAUCUGGAAACCUUAUUUGUAAUAAAGGGGUAUCUCUGGCAACAAAAAACAGCAAAUAUUCAGACUCAAACCUUUCUUCUUAUCUGCUGGAUCUCAAAAGUAGAAAUGAAGCAUUGCCAUAUACACCAGUAAAACGUCUAAAGAUGAAAAUGUCACAAGAUGUGGGGAUUUUGGAUCAUUAUGAAUUUUCACAAAGAAGAAAGUCCCCUGUACCAGGCAUGGAAAGGUGUGAAAGUCAAGAUGAAGUCAAGAUGGGCAUUUCAUCACUACCACAGUUACCCAAGAUAUUUUGUGAUGAUGUGUUUUUGCAUUGGAAACCAUCUUUAAAAACUAAGGAAAAGAAGCCCAGUUCUGGCAUAAAAAGUUAUAUUGACAACAUGCAUAAUGAUGAUGUUAAUAAAUGCCGUAAAUCAGUUAUUUUUGAUGUAACAUUUGAUCUUGGAGUUGAUGAGGAGGAGGACGGGAAAGAUGAUGCCAUUUCAAAUACAAACAAAUAUGAAGUUAGGAAGAAGAAUGAACAAAAAAUUCCAGAGAUUCUGGGACCUCAACAGCGGAAAGACAGAGAAUCCACACUUGUACUAGAAGAUGUUGACACAGAAAGAUUCCAGGGGCAAGUCCUUCUGAAGCUGGACUGCAUGUCUAAAGAUUGUGAGGUGGUAGGCGGGCAUGAGGAGUCCCUGCGGGACACCACAAAACCAGUUCCCAGAAAGAGAGAGGUAGUGAUAGUUGAGGACACAGUCAUUAGUGGGAUUAAAGUGCAGGAUUUAAGUUGUGUUAUCCUGCUUGAUGUGUCUAUGAUGUCAGCAGCAGUAUGGUAUGAAUAA